ACUGAGUCAGCCCGAAUUUAACCCUCAGUACGCUAUGAAACAUUGAGAUCCAAACACGGCCAAAAUAGAGAACUCAGAAUUAGAAUUCAUUCUGUGUCUCAGUGUCACACCUGAAGAUCCAAACAAUGCCUUUGAGAAGAUUACUAGAAGUUGAACAACCUGGACCAUUGAGAUACAUAAUUGGAGCAGCAAUAAUGAUGGUAGGAGUUGUUUUACCUGUUGGAUUCAUGAUGUUUCGUAACAAACGUGUUCCAUCUUCUUCUUCUUACUCCAAACAGACGUAGGAAUAAAGGAUUGAUCUAAAGAAAUUGACAAGACUGAUGCAACCAGAAGGAGGAGGACAACAAUUUGAUCUGUAAAGAAAUUUACCAAAUUACCACUUUAAUAUGAUUUUGCAAAUUUGAGAUGUGUUGUUGUUUAGUUAGAAUUGUUAGCUGAACAAGAAAUUUAGAAUUUUGAUUCUUUUCUUGGUUUAAUGGAAUUGAGUUGGAAAUUACCACAUGCC